GUUGAUAUCUCUCGAUAACUGCAACAUCUAUUGAAAUAUUCCUAUUUCAAGAAUUUCAUUGCAUUGACAUAAAUAUUUCGUGAUAAUUCAGAAUUGCUUUGUGUAUUUAACGAAAAACAAAUAUUGCGAUUACAGGAAAUUACUUAUAGUGCAUCGUUUACAUCAUAACUAAUCCCGAUUGGGUGUCUAACCGUCACUAAUUGAUAAGAAUCUGAGUAUAUAAAGACCUGCACUGCAGUAGGCAAAUCAUUCAGUUUGAUUAUACAUUACAAAAAUAUACUAUAACACAACCCACAAAAUCAGCUAAAUAUGAAAUCCUCUAUCGUUUGCUGCAUCCUGGCGACAAUACUGCUCAGUCUGUGCGUUUUCAGUGCGGACGCGGGUUUACGUAAACCCAAGCAGCUCACACCGGAGUUGGCAGCGAAGUUCGAAGUUUUGACCGCUUGGAUUGCUUAUCGUCUCAAUUUGAAACACGCCAAGGAAGCUUGUGUGGGAGAAUAUGGUUUUACGGAUCAGCUCGCCACCAAUUUGGUCAAAAUAAGGGUGGCGAAUCCAAGUGAUCGGGAGAAGUGCUACGUGAAUUGUCUCUACAAUAAAUUAGUAUUCUAUAAGGACAACGCCAUCAACAAACAGGCCAUGAAGGAGUCGCUGUAUGAAAUUGUGGGAGAACAGCGUUUAUUGGAUAUUGUUAAUGGUUGUCUGAGUGCUGGCGGCACCAACGCAUGUGAUAAGGUGUACAAGUUCCAUGCUUGCGCCUCACCGGAAUUCGAUAAAGUACGCAGUGAUAUAUUCUUGCCUGAUGAAUAAUAAGUUCGCAUGGAGAUAGACGUGAGCUGGAAAAGUUUCGUUGGAGAGAGGAGAGUACACAAAACCAUAAUUUGUUCGUUUACUUAUAAAAUAUUUUAGAUAUUGUAGUUAAAUUAAAAGUAAUACAAAUUAGUAAUUAAAUGCCAAA